AUGGGACAAUCAAUCUCCUCGCCGCCUCCCGCAACUGUAAUGCGCUCUUCUCCACCGUCAUCGUGCCCAAUGCAUGACAUGCCCAGCACUGGCUGUCCAAUCCAGCACAACAACCCACCUGUUGCAAAAUCCUCGGGUGGAUGUCCCAUCGAUCAUUCUUCACUUAAUACGUUGAAUCCCACAAACCAGAUGCCCAAUCUCCCUCAGACUCCCAUAUACCCGCAAUCUGUAGCGCUACCGACUGAGCGUACUAUGUCAUCCAUACCGCGUGUGGUGGAUGCUGAAACGAGAACUGACACGCGCCAAACAUGGGAAUACCCAUCCCCUCAGCAGUUCUAUAAUGCGCUGGUAAGAAAAGGUUUGGAUACGCCCGCGGAGCAUGUUGAGACAGUAGUGGAAAUACACAAUUUCUUGAAUGAAAGAGCUUGGGGAGAAGUGUUGAAGUGGGAGAGGAAGGUUGCACAGGAGGGUGACGAGGAGCCGCAUCUUGCUCGCUUUAAAGGACGUCCGGGCGAGAUGUCGCCAAAGGCAAGGUUCUGGAUGCUGGCUGGCUGGCUGCUUCCUUCUAGAUUCAACACUGAACCUCCAUUCGAUCGCCAUGAUUGGAUAGUACGUCGUCCGCGCGAUGGAACGGAGGUUCGCUAUGUCAUCGACUACUACUCUGCACCGUCUACUCUUAACGGGGACCCCGGUUUUGCAUUGGAUGUCCGGCCUGCUCUCGACUCGUUUGAAAGCAUCCAACAGCGUGUGGCAGUGGGUAUGGACAGCGUAUGGGAAGAGCUUCGCGAGAAAGGAUGGGGAAAGAGUGAACGUGGGGGUACGCAACAGGCGUCGUAG